GGGACCGGGCGCGGGGAGCGGGGCGGGGGCCCGGGCGGUCUCGUGCCAGCGGAGCGGCCCCGCGCGCCCCUGGGCGGGGCUGGGGCGCCCCCCAGCGGCGGGGCGCGGAGGUGCCCGCGCGCGGGGCCGGUGAGGCGGCGGGGCCGGUGAGGCGGCGGGGCCGGUGAGGCGGCGGGAUGCUGCCUUCGCUCUCCCCGCGCCGCUCCGCCUGAGGCGGGACGGGGCAGCCAUGCAGCCGGCACUCCGCUAGGUGAGCGCGGCUCCGCACCUACCCCCUGAGCAGCGCGGCGGCACCGGCACCCCCGGCACCAUGAGGAACGGCGAUGACUUGGAGGGCUUCGACGGUGAGGCGUCCAGCACCUCCAUGAUCUCGGGGGCCAGCAGUCCCUACCAGCCCACCACUGAGCCCGUCAGCCAGCGCCGCGGGCUGGGCGGCCUCCGCUGCGACCUGGAAUACCUGCGGGGCACGUUCGGCAGGAUCAAGCUGGCCGAGGUGGUUUUGGCACUGAUUGCGUUCAUCUGCAUAGAGACCAUCAUGGAAUGUUCCCCUUGCGAAGGCCUUUAUUUCUUCGAGUUUGUGAGCUGUAGUGCAUUGGUGGUUACUGGAGUUCUGUUGCUUAUGUUCAGUCUAAAUCUUCACACAAGAAUACCACAGAUCAACUGGAAUCUUACUGAUCUGGUCAACACUGGACUCAGCACUUUCUUCUUUUUCAUUGCCUCUGUAGUACUUGCUGCUUUAAACCAUAAAACUGGAGCAGAAAUUGCUGCUGUGAUAUUUGGUUUCUUGGCAAUGGCAGUGUAUGCUGUGAACACAUAUUUAGCUAUUAAAAAGUGGCGAAUGAACAGCAGACAACAAAACAGUCGGCAGACCAGUGAUUACAUACGUGCUCGGACAGAGUCCAGAGAAGUAGAUCAUCGCCCUGAGAUUCAGCGUCUGGAUGCGUGAAAGAAACAUUCAAAUGGGACUGUAAAGGGAAAAGAAGACGUGUUUAACUCCCUCAUGGAAUAAAGGGUUUUUUUCUUUAUUUAAGGAGGAAAAGGAAGAUCAGACGGUGUCAAAGAAUGCCCAGCCCUGCACAUGUGCAGAGAUGCAUUGAGUCAAAAGCUGUUGUCAUGAAGGCAGUAAAUGUUGGUCAUUCAAAAGCAAGAUCCAUUUAAGAUGUCCACAUAUAUAUUAUAUAAGCUAUAUAAUAUAUGUGUAUAUAUAAUAUAUGUUUUGAAGUAUGUUCUUGUUUUGGAUUAACUGCACAUUACUUUAUUUCCGUCUUGCAAAUGCAGACUUUCUGCCACUGUUUCUUUGUUGUAAACACUCAAGACCAGCACUAUAUUGGCUGGUUAAUAUAGGAAAGAAAUCCACCAAAAGUAAAUUUAAUAUACAUAAAAAGGAAGUGAGGGGCAAACAGCAAUAACUUCAGCCAUAUGUCAUGUUCAACAAACUCUGUGUCCAUCUUCAUGCAGCCCUGGCAGUGCAGCUCAAUUCUCAUCUGCAGUAUCUCCUGUAGUGUUGCUGUUGGUGCACUUAUGGACAACCAUGUCACUUUUUUCUUUGAUGGGUGUGGUGCUGAGGUAGUUACCCUGUGGGUUACUCUGAAAUUGCUCAGUUCGUGCAUGGCUUUGGUCAGAUGUGAACUUGUGCAAAGUUAGCAUGUUUACUGAAUGGUCACUAUAAUGCAUCAAGUGCAAGUUUGUGGUUUUCUGCUGAUGUUGGGAUACAUUCUAUUUUUCAUUCAAAAAUGGGAAAAUAAAUAUGCUUGGGAGGUGGGGGGGACACAGUAGAGAAAGAAGGGGUUGUUAUCCAAUUGACUUGCAUUCCAGUCGUGGCUUUCUUUUCUUUCCUUUCCCCCCCUUUUUUUUUUCCAAGGUUCAACCUUUCUGAGAAUCCUAGGUUAAGCAAGAACUAGCCAAAAAAACAUGAUGUGCUUGUAAAGUGUUUCUAAGAUUGCAGUAAUGUGAAACAAAUAUUUUCCUUUUUGGGAGGUUGGUUAUUUCUUCUAGAAACUGUUGGUAGUAGGUAAAACUGUUGGGGUUUUUUUACUUUUUUUUAAUUGGCUGUUUCUGCAGAUUUUUUUCUGUAAUAUUUAUUUCGAAAAUGAGUUCAGAUAAUUGGAGGAUAAUAUGGUUGUUUUGAUUUGUCUAGAAAUAGUUUUACCUAACUGCAGUUUUCUUACUUUGAUUGUACUUACAGUGAACAGAAGGACAUUUGCUGAAAACCCAAAUUUUGCAUUAAUCAUCUAGACACUACUGUAAUGUUACUAGGAGGAUGUCUGUCUUUGCUAUUUUUCUGGUUGUGUGAUUAGUGUUUUUAUCUAUGUAAUUAAUUAUUUGGAAUAUGCAUACCUGCAUGUUACAUGCAGAAAAUUUGUGGGGGAGAGGAUCUCUAGAGCUGAAUUUUUCUGGUGUAAGCUGAUCAAACCUUUGAAAUUAGCAGAACUAUAUGUCACGCAUGCCUGAAUUUCUCUCACAUUUGACUUGAACACUUUUUGCCUUGUGUUCCUGUGUAGCUGUACUUGAAGUGGAUGAAUGCAGGUGACUGGAGUCUUCAGAAGAAAUGGCAUUACAUUGCAGAUAGGUCACUUUUAAAUAUGAAAAACAGGUUAUAGCAAACAGAAGAUCAGUAGAAGUGCCUGGGCCUUUUUAAUACUGGAGGAAACUGGAGUAGUGGCAGGUGUGAACCUAACACUGCAAUGUUUGAAUCAAGUAACAGGGAAUUACUUUGGUGUGUGAAAAACUGGUGACAAAACCAAUGUCUUUUCAUUUUCAAUUUACUGAUGUCUACAGUGCAUUUCACCGUAGUGGCUAAGCUGGAGAUGAAAAUUUAGGAAGAGUUACUAACGAAGUUAAGGAAAACUUGUGUUUUCUUAAUGAGCAAUGGUUUAUCAGUUAUGCUUAUUGUGCUUCAUUGAAAGUUAAUGACAAAGGGGACACUGGUUUUAAAAAAGAUCAGGCCAUAUAAGCCAGCCUCUAGUACUGGGUUUAGAAUAGAACAGACGUUUUAUUGAGGUGGUGUGUGGCCAGGAUUACUGACAGUUCCAGGUUCAAUGUGGUAUGAAAUAAGGAAGGUUAUUAUUGCCAGUACAGUUGUUCUAGCUCUGCUGUUUUUCAGCACUCUGUCUAGUAUUGGCAAAGUUUGCAAGGAGAGUUUCUAGAUUUUGGCAGUUAUCAAAAGGACCUUUUUAAAAGUAGCACAAACAUACUUAUAUUGGAAUUGUAAACUGGCAUUGAAGCAGUUUAAAUGAAGAUUGAUUUAAAAAAGGGGAAAAACCCCACAAAAAAAACCCCAAACAAAAAACCAUCACCAAAGUCCCCAGAUCACCAACUCAAGUACAGAAUAUUAUCCUCCAGAAGAUCCAUGCUUUUAGAAUGGAACUCUCAUCUGAAAUCAAGAAACAGAAGUUAGGUGAUGUAUAUAGCAAGGGCUUUUCAUUAGGGGUGUAAUCUCUUUGCUGGUGAAUGGCAAGGACUGAAAUGGUGCACACAUAAGAACACCCCCUUCCUCUCCUGUACUCCCUGUGUUGAUGGAUUUUUCAGAGGAGUGGGAGGUCUUGUGUGUCUCUAAGUUUAUGAAUUUGCUAUCUUACACCUUCCCUUGCCUAGAAAAAGGAUACAUUCACUGAGCUUUUUCUGUAGUGAGGUCAUGAAUAGCUUUUGUUACCUUUUAGCUGGAUUGAUAAAUGCAGAGUGAUAAUUACACUUGUAAUACAGUGUAGUAUUUUAUCAUGUGGUACACCUGAAUCAUACGAUGACCUUGAAUGCUUUUACAUGUGACGUAAGUUUUCUUGAGCUGAGAACAGUAUGUCAGCAUUUAUUACUUAGGUCAUUACUUGAGCUUAGCAGAACUUUCAGGGUAGAAUUCAAAGAGAAUAUUAAUUUAAAAAAUACUAUCCAAUACACUUUGUAAAACAAAAACAAAUGUAAUUUUGUAAUUUCCUUUUUCUGGAGACCAAAGACAAUUUUAGUCUUGUACAACAUAUACUUUCUAAAAAAAAAUUAAAAAAAAAUCUAAGUUAAGCGUUUUUUUUUUUCUACAGAGACAUUAUUUUUUAUUUGGAUUACAUAGAAGGGAAAAAAAAAGUAGGUGUGAGAGACGACUACAUUUGAAACAUUAAGCUCAUAUUCACAGUUGAUUCUCCUUGCCCCUGACUUGAUUUUACAUGGUGUAUUGAGGAGGUGGUAAUAUUUUAAGACUGUUAGACAAACUGUAGUAAUCUUAAAACAAAACAAAAACAGCUCUGAAGGAGGAAAAUAGGGUUUAAGGUUUAAAGUUUUUUGAAACUCCAUAGAAAAGUGACAUUAAAUUGCUUCUCCUCACCGGUUAGCAUUGCUUGUAAUUUCUGAGCAUAUAGGGAUAAUUUCUUAUAGUGCCUAAGAUUGCUGUUUAGCUCCAUAAAGGGACUGAAAACCCACUAUAAAUAAAAUGAAAUUAAAGCUAAACAGUUGAACCUUGUAGGAUGAGGGUGCUUGAAACUCUAAUGGUUCUAAUUAGUUCUCUUUUGUCAAGUUAAGCUCUCUGAUAUGCAAUCUCCAUGUAUUUGUGUGUAGAAAUGGCUGAAAAUUUUGCAGCCUGUGCACAGACAUUAAACAAGAUAUGACUGGUGCAACAGCAUCAUAAUUGAUCUAUAGUGCUGUAAGCAUGUUUCUAUCUUAAUGUUAUGUAUGCUCAGCUCUCAGCUUUAGUUCAAAUUUAUCUUAUGUUCGUGUAAUGAUGUGCAAACUGCCUACAAGGGGAGUUUCUAAAGCCCUAGAAGAUCAGAAAAACUGAUUUGAUAGUUUCAUUACUACUUAGUAAAGUUGAUUACUUCUUACUCUCCACUUGCUCCUUUCAUUUUGUACAUUCAUGCCUCAUCUGUCUUAUAUUUUAAUAUUUGGUUUUUGUUAAGCGUCCUUCAUUGGUCUGUAUAGUGUCUGCUUCAGUAUAAGGAAGAUAAGAAUACUGUGUCCAAUGUCCUUUUGCUUAGUAUGGUUCUCUCUUAUGAUGGUUUAUGAUGUUUGGGCUGGAUGUGCUGGGGGAUAUUUCCCAUAGGACUUCGCAAUCUAUCUGGUAUGUGUUUCUGUGUGAGCUUUCUGGUAGGACCCACAUGCUUCAAGGUUGGGAGGAUUCAUCUACCUCUGUCAUUUUUGAGAGACAAGGUACUGAGAUUUGAUGCCUGUAUUUCAGUCUGUGCUAUUCCUCAUGGGCUUUGUAUUCAGAAGCUGUGCUUUGGAAGCAGCUUCUUGUCCUUUGCUCAUAAGAUGUCUCUUAAAUGUGAAUUUAAAUAAAAUCCAUAAUGUGGGGUGCUUUUUCAUAGGCUUUGUCACAUGUGUUUCACUGUGCAUCUUGCUUCUUGUGAUACAGUCUACAGUUGUUUCAUCUGUAUUUCAUUGAUUCUGGAAAGAAGAGGGGAAAACUAGGGCAAGUUUACAAUCUUCCCUAAGAUAAUUUUCUUCUCCUCCCCCCCACAUUAUUUUUUACUAUAUGAUUGCCCCUUCCUAACAGAGCAGACUUAUUGAUCCUUAAAUUAGGCUGGAACACAGCAGAAUUAUUUGCUAACAUUCUGCAUGUGGACUCAUAAGAGUGAAUUAACCACUAGUUUUCCAUUAAUUUUUAAGAUCCCUAAGCAAAUUUGGUAUUUGUCACCUUUGUGCUAUUUUGGAGAUGUCCAAAAGCUUAUCUGAUACGUAGUUCUAUUAAUACAACCCUUUUUUUCCCCUCUUCCUUAAUCCUUCUUCUGUAUCUGUUAUUUUGUUGUCUUAUGACAACUUUGCAAACAUUCCUACUUUUUUGUGAGGGGGAAAAAAAGCACCAGAACCCAAAAUAAGUAAGGAUGUUUUUUUAGGGCACAAUUUAAAAAACCAAACAAUAGGAAUUCAAAUAGUGUAGAAAACAACGUCCGUCCUUCUACUCAGAUGAGAUACUGAACAGAUUUGUAUGUGAAAAUCAGAGCCUAAAGAACAGGUUUUACUUUGAAAACUCUGAAGCCAAACCUUUUCAGCUAAAUAAAAAGGCAGGUACAAUCUGAUGAUGAAUUUGAGAUGUGUUAAAGGGUGAGGAGAGAAACCCAAACUUGAUGUUAAUAAUCCAGUGCUAUCAAAAUGAUACAUGAACACUAGUACUCCCCAACUGCCGAAGGAAGAUUGCUUCUGAUGGAGGAGAGUGAGACACCUUGAAUCAGUAGUAAAACUAGGUGUAGAAGUGUUUCUUUUGUUCCUAACUCCAGGGCUGUGUAAUACAGUUGGAGAGACUGAACACUGACCUUGUUAAUGGCGCAUUAACUGUGAAUGAGAUACGUUGACACAUCUGUGUGAUUAUCAACUUCUGCUCAGCUCAAGUGUAGUAGUUGGUUCACAGGGACCUGCAGGACAUAGAUGCUUGUAUCAGAAAGGCUCUGUGUGUUUAGAAGGUAGAAUAGGUUAACACUAAUUUCUUCUCAGUCCCACUGAAAUGAGUAAAGCCAUCAUGUAGCAUUUCUGAAAAUUUGGUACUUAUUGUUAGUUAUUGCAUAAAAAUAAUGGAUUGUUUGGAGAGCCCACAAAGCUCAAAAAGACUCUGCAGAUAGAGGUGUCAUAUCUAUUAAUUACCUAAUAACCAAAGUAAGAAUUGUAAAAUGAAAUAGGUACAAAAGCCAGCAGAAUGUUUAAAAAUACUUUGUAGACAUUAUGCCAUAUUCUUCUCUUUAACAGAGAGAGUUGAUUAAAAAUUAAUUUAUACAAAUAUUCAGGAAAUCUCUGAAUGCCACUUCAAAGUUUUCCUGGUGUAUUGUUUUCCCUGAUAGCCAUUUGGCCACCUGGAUAGAUCUAUUUGACAGUGUCAGAGCAAUACUGUCCAACCUGAAAGGUUCUUUUUUUGUUUUGGUCUUAUUUUUGCAUUGUUGUUUUAAAAUUUGUCUCUGACUUAACCAUCUGUAUUCUAAAAAUAAUAUUUAAAAAAAAAUCUGCUUACAUUGUGAUUUAUGAUAGCCUUUAAUUUAGAGUAUACAACACAAUCUAUAGAUAUUUUUUUUUGGAUAUGCAGCUUUCUAAAGUGUUCUUAUAUAUGCCCAGAAAUGAAAGUUGUAUAAUUAUAAUGAAAAUGUGAUUAGAUGAAGUUACCUAUCCAGAAUCCCAGUGCAACUCCUUCAGAUGUGCUGGGUGGACAAGUAAGUGAAAUUGCCUUUUAGUCUCUAUGGGUUAAUAAAUAUUUUUUUAUAAUUAGCCACAGAUAUUCCUUUUUUAAAUUAUACUUGGCAGACAGAAGAUAUUUAAUUUUAUAUACAAUAUACAUAGUUACCUUGAUUGACAUAUUUAUAACAUAGAGCUUUGUGUUUACUAUGAAGGGUUUAUCUUGUAUCCCAUGGACUUCAUGGGUAAAAAUUUUAAAAAGCCAGUUAGCGUAUAUGGAAGGAUAUGGAAACUGUCUUCAUGAAUUCAGAAUGAGGACAUAAGAGCAUUUCAAAAAGCAAUAGCCACAUCUUAUUAACGGAGUAUCUGGGUUUUUUCUUCUUUUUUUGAUUGGGGCUGGUCCCUAACAGCUAUUUCAAUAACAUCUGGAUGUGAGUAACCGAUUGAAACACGACCAUCUUCCUCUUCUGACUGUCAUGGACUAUUGUCUAGCAUAUGGAAAAAUUCAGGGUAUUGUAUUUGUUUUGCUUUGGACAAAUGUCUCAACAGACAUAUUUAAUUAAAACUUUAAUGUGUUUGAAAGAAAAAUACCCUCUUUAACUAGGCUGAUUUAUCAGUUUUCAUAAUCUUUUAAUCCCAAAAGUCUGUUGUCUAAAUAUUUUCAAUAUUGUUGCAUUUAUCCGGGUGUCUACAGGUUAAAGUGGUUCUGGCUGGUGCCCUUUUGUUACAACUGCUACCUUCAUUUUUCUACUGUUUGUACUUCAAUCUUGAAAGUUUACUGGUUUCUACUUGUUGGAUUUUGUGGAGGGAGAGUGUAUCUUAGGCACUACAGUUCAUCCAGCUUUAACUCACACAUCACAGUUCUGAAGUAAAAAAAUAUUUUGAUUUUUAUAUUGUGGCCAAUUUAUUGCAUUUUUAAAUGAUUUCUAUACUUAAGACAACAUAUAUGACAUAAUAUAACAAAUGACUUAGCUAAUCAUAUCUGUCUAGAUUUACUCUUCUGUGUUAGUGUCAUUUUGAAAUUAUUUGUAUAUGUUGAAGUUUGUAAGGGUUCAGGAACCCACAAUAAAAUAGUGAAGUAUGUAUUUAUUUCUCAUGAUAAUGCUCAAUUUUGAUUUUAAAGUUGACACUUUGUAUGUCUUUUCACAGAAUUGUAAACAAACACCGAAAAACUGCUUCACCUAGUGUGCCUUUCAUGUGUGGUAUAAACACUUGUCAUUCACAAAAAUAGAGAUGUAAAUUUAUUAAACCAGUAAACACUAUUUUUGUAUUGUUAGUCAUUAAUGCAUCUCUGGCUUCCUUGUGCUUUGUUUCCACGAAUACCAGUUUUAUGGCUACUGUAGUCAUUGCCUUCCCUUUGUGCACUAAAUAGUAAAUCUGGUAUCAUGGGGAAUCAAGGUUGUAUCACUUUUGCUCUGCUCUGCCUUCAGCUGCUACCUGAAAGAUGGAGAUAAAGCAGAUUGCUGAUGGAAACUAGAAGGUACUCCAGAUUUUUUUCCUUGACUUGUGUGAAGAGAUGCUUAGUGUGGGGUAUCUGUAUCCUCAGUGAUGGUUCUGGGUCCUCUAGGAAAACAUAGCAGGCAUAAUCUAAACAUUCUGAUUCUAGCUGAUAGUUCUAUGUAUGGUGUCUGAGCAACAUCCAGGCCUGACUUCAUCCUUUGGGGAUAUAGAUCCUUUACUGACAGACUGGUGAUUGUGAACAGCUCAGAAGUAUUAGUUAAAAUAGUGGAUUAGAAUUCCAUCUUGAGCUGAGCAGAAGGGAUACAAUUUUGCUUUUGUCAUAUGAGCACAAGUCUGCUGUGUAAUACUGUUGGUGGCUUGCUUUUGAAGUAAGAAAAACUGUAAUGUUUUGCCAAGGAAAAUCUUACAAGAAUACUCAAUAUGUGAGGGCAGAACCUGACUGUUGUCCCUACUCAGGCAAAAUUCCCCAUUGACUUGGGGGACUGCAGAUCAGUUACCCAUUUAUCACCAAAUCCUGAUCAAGAAUUUGAAGAAUAUAACAAGUUAGCAGGUGUUCAUACAGAGAAAAUUUACAGCCUUGAAGCAAUUUCACACUACUUUGGUAAGGGUGCUUGAAAGUUCUCAAACUGCACACAAGGCCAGCUGAUGAAAUGGGUGCUUUCCCUAGUGGUACCUACCAGCUGUGUUCACUGUCUUCUCAGUAUCAACAGCUGUAACUUAUGUAAGUGUAGCAUCUUUCAACUCUGUAUGUGAAAGUUGUGCUGUUAAUACUUGACCAGUUGCAAAGCAAGUCAACUCUACAAGAAAACGUAACCUCCAACUUGUUUUUACACCAGUAAUGAUUUUUCAAUAUGCCAUGUGCUUAUUUUUCUGUUGUUUUUUAUGCUAAACAAAAAACACAAGCUGAAGAAUUGUAAUGUCUUGCAAUACAGAAAGCAGUCUUCUUUUUAAAAUCCAUACUGUUACAGCAUAAUUUAAAUUGUGUAUUUAUCAGUUUUAAAUGUAAUUUUGCUUUUCUGGUCUUUUGUAUAUGGGCACAAUGCUUUUGUAAUUUUAUUUGUUUCUUACUUUGGUUGUCUUUCUGUCUUCUUUCUGAUAUUUGAAGAUUUGAGCUCUGGAUUUUCAUGGUACUCUUCUGAUCAUGUCUUCAUAGUGGUAAAAGUCUGUAUUUUUGUAUGUAGGGAAAAUGGUAGUUUUCUAACACUUAACUUGAUCAAUAUAGUAUGGAAUCAUUUGUGAAGGACUUUCUGUUUAAUAAAUGGAUAUAUUAAAGUACUAAAA